AUGAAGCUCAUCAAACUCAUUGCACUCUCCGUGGGCGCGUCGCUGUUCGUCGCGGCGGAUGUCGCUUGGGCCUCUGACGCGUCACCCGAGAAACUGGACUUUGAAUCCAUCAGGGGCACGGAUAGUGGUCGUGGUCCGUCGCGUGGACCGGCGGAAGAGCGCAUGAGGGGAUUUACGGACGCGGUAUAUAUCGGUAACAGAUACGGUAUUGAAAAGAUAGUGCCGAAGAUCGAGAGUGCUGACAUGGGAUUCGAAAAAGUGGCGGAGAAGUUGAGCAGCCAUGUCGCUCUACCUACAGCGUCGUUUGAGCAUCAUCAGGGUGGAGACGCGAUGGUAAAGCGAUCAACGUCUAUUAGACGACGACAGCCUCCUACUCGUUUGACCAAUGGCAAUAUGAAAAGAACUGACGAGACGAUCGCAGAUGCUCCUACGAAGGCGGACGACCCCGAGACAGCAGCGGCCAACCUGCACGCUAGACGACCGGCAAAAGAGGAAGAUGAAGGAUUACUAGAGUCGUUUUUUGUGGAGGAAAAGGAAAAAUGGGAGCGCCGCCUGCUCUCUAACAAGUAA